UGCUCCGUUGGGAGACGGGAGCGCCUACAGGGUCCCUCCAAGAUGGCGGCGCAGAGGAGGAGCCUGCUGCAGAGUGAGCAGCAGCCAAGUUGGACAGAUGACCUGCCGCUCUGCCACCUCUCUGGGGUGGGCUCGGCCUCCAACCGAACCUACUCUGCUGAUGGCAAGGGCACGGAGAGCCACCCGCCGGAGGACAGCUGGCUCAAGUUCAGGAGCGAGAACAACUGCUCUCUGUACGGGGUCUUCAACGGCUACGACGGCAACCGGGUGACCAGCUUCGUGGCCCAGCGGCUGUCUGCAGAGCUUCUGCUGGGCCAGCUCAGCGAAGAGCACGCAGAGGCCGACGUGCGCCGUGUGCUGCUGCAGGCCUUUGAUGUGGUUGAGAGGAGCUUCCUGGAGUCCAUCGAUGAUGCUCUGGCCGAGAAGGCAAGCCUGCAGUCCCAGCUGCCCGAGGGUGUCGCCCAGCACCAGUUGCCGCCUCAGUAUCAGAAGAUCCUUGAAAGACUCAAGGUGCUGGAGAGGGAGAUUUCGGGAGGGGCCAUGGCUGUCGUGGCCAUCCUGCUCAACGGCAAGCUCUACGUCGCCAACGUUGGUACGAACCGUGCACUUCUCUGCAAGUCCACGGUGGAUGGGCUGCAGGUGACACAGCUGAACAUGGACCACACCACGGAGAACGAGGACGAGCUCUUCCGCCUCUCUCAGCUGGGUUUGGACGCAGGAAAGAUCAAGCAAGUGGGGAUCAUCUGUGGGCAGGAGAGCACCAGGCGCAUCGGGGAUUACAAGGUCAAAUACGGCUACACUGACAUCGACCUACUCAGCGCCGCCAAGUCCAAGCCAAUCAUUGCAGAGCCUGAAAUCCACGGUGCACAGUCCGUGGACGCGGUGACCGGCUUCCUGGUGCUGAUGUCCGAGGGGCUGUACAAGGCCCUGGAGGCAGCCCACGGGCCUGGCCAGGCCAACCAGGCUCUGGAGUCCCGGCCCACAGUCCCUGGGCCUCUGUGCUUCUUACCAGAUGUGCGCCCCCUGCCCCCAGGAGAUCGCCGCCAUGAUCGACACCGAGUUCGCCAAGCAGACUUCCCUGGAUGCGGUGGCCCAGGCCGUGGUGGACCGGGUGAAGCGCAUCCACAGCGACACCUUUGCCAGUGGUGGGGAGCGGGCCAAGUUCUGCUCGAGGCACGAGGACAUGACCCUGCUGCUGCAGGAGGACGUGUGUACCCCGUGUCCGUGCCUUACUCCAGCGCCCAGAGCACCAGCAAGACCAGCGUGACCCUCUCCCUCGUCAUGCCCUCGCAGGGCCAGCUGGUCAACGGGGCCCACAGCGCUUCCACCCUGGAUGAAGCCACCCCCACCCUCACCAACCAGAGCCCGACCCUGACCCUGCAGUCCACCAACACGCACACCCAGAGCAGCAGCUCCAGCUCAGACGGGGGGCUCUUCCGCUCCCGGCCCGCCCACUCACUGCCGCCUGGCGAGGAUGGCCGCGUUGAGCCCUACGUGGACUUUGCUGAGUUUUACCGCCUCUGGAGCGUGGACCACGGCGAGCAGAGCGUGAUGACGGCACCCUAGCCCUGCCCAGGGAGUGCAGCCCGAGCAGGGUCUUGCCUGAGGACAACGGGGCCAACUCUGGGACAGGGUGGGUUUCAUCCUGUCGCAUCUGGUGGCAUGGGGGCCGGUGGGUGCCCGGUCCUCAGCCCGCAGCCCUGAGCUCUCAGUGUGGAAGAGAACCUCCUCUCGGGAGCGCCGGUGCAGACAGACCCGCCGAUGGACCUCCUCACAGCACGGGGAGCAGGGAUGCCUCCAGGCAGCCUCAGCCAGGACUGUGCCCGUUUCCCAGAACAAAGGGUGCGAGUGCAGAAGCUGGGCUGGCCUGCAAGCCCACCACAUGGGGCAGAGUGUGAGGAGGUUCUCCUGUGACCCCACAGCUUCCCGCACUGCCUCCCCCGGGGGGAGCCUGUGGCCAGUGCUAGUGCCCCUCACCACUAGGUGGGGCUCCCCUUUCUUCUCCAGCCUCCAGAGUGAACCCUAAUUGACAGCUGCACUCUGAAGCCUGCACCUGACCCUGGGCCCCUUGCCUAGGCCAGCCUGGUUGUUCUCGGUGGUAAACAUUCAGGAAGAUCAGGUUGGGGGUCUGGGAUGGCUGCAGAGGGGCCAGGUCAGGGAUAAAGGAGCUAGAGAUAACUGGUCCUAGAGCCCCCCAGAGAGGUGGGCUGGGCUGGUGGGCUUCCCCAGAGAUGGGUGUGCAGGAGAGGUGAGGAUGUGUCUGACCCUAGUGCGGGGCUGUGGCUGCCCUUGUCGGGCCCCUCUAGGGGGCGGAGGCUCCGGAUCGGGGUGAGCAGACUCUGCUGGGCUGUUCCCUCCUGGAGCUGGAGAAGGCCGCAGGCUGGGGAGCCACAAAGAUGAGCGAUCUGCAACAUUAACGACGAUCUCUGUGGGCCCCAGAGCAACAAACAGGCCUCAAGUUGGGCCUGGUUCGUGUUGUGUGAGAGGGAACAGUGGGAAAUGGCUCUGAAAGGGUGCAGCUUCACUGGUACCUGCUGCACUGUCGUCAGGCUUGGGCUUGAGAUGUACACUGCCUUUACCGAUGCCGGGGCAGGCUCGGGCAGCUGGGCCCCGAGUGAGACCGUCAUGCUGCUCCCUGCCUGUUGUGGGGAGGGGCUGCACCCUGUGCACAGGGGAAGCGAGCCCUGGAGACUCAACGGCAGAGCUCAGGCCUCCUGCCGGUCCAAGGGCCCUGGCUUCUGCCGGCCCCUCCCCCCACUGUCCCCCAGGCACCGCUCACCAGGGACUGGCCACUGUCGGUAGCCUCCUGAGGCCUGGACUCUGAAACAUUAAAGGCCCGUUCCAAGGCCCUGCUUGCGUUGUGGCCCCAGAAUGCAGUUCCCGAGGGGAGUCUGGCCCCAACGAAGGAGAUGCUACGUCUCCAAAAGAGAGCCCUGCCCCUCCACUAGAACACCAUCUCUGUUGUUCAGGGGAAGCGAUUUAAAGUUGGUCACAAAUGCUUGGAAACAAAGGGAGUUCUCUUCCAGGAAUGUCUCAGUGAUGCUCUCUGGUCCCGAGAAACAGAAUCACUUACCACAGCAAAGAAGUAAUAAACGGUGGUGUCAUGCAUCA